AUGAUCACGUUCUUCGUCCGCCCUCAUCCCAGCUCAGAGUCUCGGAUCGCGUUAGUGAUGACUACUUUCACAUACCUUGCAUAUGCCAAUGAGCGGAUGUUUGACCAGAGCAGAUCGUCCGCAAUGACAACCCCGGACGGUGUCAACGUUGGGAGCAACAACGAGUAUUUCAAGAACUUAGAUCGAAGACCGGACUUAGGCUUGUCGGCCUAUGAUGUUCAUCGAGACGGCUCCCCUUGUGCGUUUUCUAGUGCUCUUCGACCGAUUCUUAACCUCAGACCCGGAUACGUGCACUGGGCACUCGGUCGGCCUCGAGAAUUCAGCGCUGAUCUGCUUAUGAUAAACUUCCUGGAACGUUCUGGGCUUCCCUAUGAUGUUAUCACAGACCACUGUCUGAACGACCCAAAUCAAAAAGUCUCCUCUCGAUACACUACUCUUAUUACGGGCUGCCAUCCUGAAUAUCACUCUCUCCAGAGCCUGAAUGCGUUCAACGCCUUUUCUCGAUCGGGAGGGAAUAUGAUGUAUCUUGGCGGCAACGGGUUCUAUUGGGUCGCCGAUGUGGACAUCACACGGCCUCACCGUCUCGAGGUUCGCAAGGGGGAUCAGGGCUGCCGCUCUGUGACAUUUUCCGCGGGCGAGCGAAUGCACAGUCUUACCGGAGCACAGGGAGGGCUCUGGCGGAGUCGCGGUCGUGCUCCAAACUACCUUUGGGGAAUUGGCGCAUCUGCCUUCGGUACCGGACCAGGGAAGCCCUACAAGGCCAAUGCAAAGUAUGCCCUCGAUCCUCGGUUUUCCUGGAUGUUCGAGGGGAUAGACCCAACUGAACUGAUUGGUGAACAUGGGUUCGGCGGAGGAGCUAGCGGCGACGAGAUCGACCGGCUUGAUUUUGCGCUUGGGACCCCAAUGAAUGCGAUCUUGCUGGCAAGAAGUCUGCAGCAUGAUGACAGCUUUGGGCUGUUCAAUGAGGACUCAAUGUUUCCCAUGGUGAACACCUUAGGCUCAACCUGUGAUCUAGUUAGAAGCGACCUUGUCUACUAUGACACCGCAGCAGGGGGUGCGGUGUUCUCGGUAGGUAGUAUCAACUGGUAUUCCAGCCUCGCUUGGGACGAUUACAAAAACAAUGUAGCUAAAAUGACGGAGAACGUGCUGAGAGAGUUCGUGAAGAGAGGACGAGGCUGUGUUGGGUGA